UCGUUGCACAGCCAGCAGCGCAUACAACAAUGUUAUUUCUGCAGCUUGAAAGACAGCGACUUUUGAUAAAACUGGCCUUGUAGUACAUUGUCUAGCUUACAACGAUGGGAAAGAGGCAUUGUUUAUGUUUUUACAACGUAUAUCUCAUGAGUUAUUGAUGCCGGAAGUCCGAAUCUGUGAAUAUCUUGCCAACUUUACCUAACUGGAAGACCGUCUGAUACUGAACCCAGGUACAGUGGAGUCCAGCAGUUUGAGCUCCUCCAGACAGACAGAUAGACAGACAGACAGUAGUUGCUCUGAACCAUGACUGAAGCAGACUUAUACACGCUGUAUAAGGGCGUUUAUGUGCCGACAUGUGUGCAUCCUCCUCAGAGCCUGCAGUACUACGAAGAGUUCACUUUCCGUCCAAAUGAUAUCCUCAUUGUAACGUAUCCAAAGUCAGGUACAACUUGGAUGCAGGAGAUCGUCCCUCUGAUUAUGAGUGGAGGCGAUCCAGCCUCUGUUGAGACUCUUCCUAACUGGGACCGUGUUCCCUGGCUGGAGGAGCAGCGAGCCUGCAUCCUUAACCUUGAAGAGAGGCCAUCUCCACGCAUGUUUGCAACACACUUCCACAACAAUAUGAUGCCUCCAUCUUUUUUUAAAGUAAAGCCAAAGGUGAUAUAUGUCAUGAGGAACCCCAAAGAUGUGUUUACAUCUUCCUUUCACUAUUAUGGGAUGACCUCCUUCUUGGUGAAACCAGGCCCACAGAGCGAAUUCCUCUGCAAGUUCCUCGAUGGACAAGUUAUGUUUGGCUCCUGGUUUGACCACGUAAAGGGCUGGCUGAAUGCUGAAAAUAAGGACCACAUACUCUACAUCUCAUAUGAAGAGCUGAUAAUGGACCUGAAGGACUCUGUAGCCAGAAUCUCUCAGUUCUUGGAGAAAUCUCUGGACGCUGAGGUGAUAGACAAGAUAGCAGACCGAAGUGUGUUCAAGAACAUGAAGCAGAACAACAUGUCCAACUACUCUGCAGUUCCUCGUGAAUUCAUGGACCAGACAAAAUCUGAAUUCCUCAGGAAAGGAAUUGCUGGAGACUGGAAAAAUCUGCUAACAGCAUCAGAAGCAAAACACUUUGAUGCCGUUUACAAAGACAAAAUGAAAAAUGUCAAAUAUAAGUUUGUAUGGGAUUAAUAGAAAUCUCAUGAAAUGCACCAAAUUAUACCAAAAUAUACUAAAACCUGCAAAGAAGUUUUGGCUGCCUGCCAUUUACUGAAAGUGGUUAUUGGUUUGUGUAAAGGCAUACUGAUAUUUGUAUCAUCAGUCAAUAGAUUUGCACUGACAUGUACUGAAAAACCAUGAUGAAUGCACGUUUCUCACUGUAAACACUGUCAUCUGUGUCCAUGAUGACAUUUUUUGCUGAACUUAAACAUCACAGCAACAAAAACUGUAAUCGUAUGUUUGUCGCUUUCUUCCAACCAACCCAAAGGGACUUUUAUUUUUAAUAUCAGGAGACUUUAGUUCUGUUGAGAGGACAAUGCUGUUAUUUACUUUUAUAUCAACAGUAUGAGUGUGCCAUACAUUAUUUACAUACAUUGUUGUUAGUAUGAAACAUUGAAUGGACAGUUGAAACCUGCAAUAUAAACAUAGUAUAGCAGUCUGUUUUAUAAUAAAUGCAAUUGCUGUAUUUGUACUCACAUUGUCUGAACAAAUACACAGAGCAAUAAAAAGUUCAUUUACGGGGUUAACUGCUUUUGUUGCACCAUAAAAGUUAUUUGUAAAUGGUCAUUUAUUAAUUGAACAAAAGUGAAUAAAAUUGCUUUUAUAAAAUGUA